CUCUCUCUCUCUCUCUCUCUCUCUCUCUCUCUCUCUCUCUCUCUCUCUCCCUCUCUCUCUCUCACAGUAGUCAAAAGCAUGGCAAAGUUCACAACCUUGUGCAUAUUGGCUCUCCUCCUCUGUUCGACGCUAACGUACGCCGCUCGGCCUGCUCCGACCACCGCUUCACGUGGAGAAACAGCCGUCGAGGGUUUUGGGGAAGGACGAGGAGAUAAGGAGGCAGAGGAGAGAUGCGAAGGAGUUGCAGAAGAAGAAUGCUUGAUACGAAGAACCCUUGUUGCUCACACCGAUUACAUCUAUACCCAAAACCAUAACCCAUGAGUCAUUACUACCUCCUUAAUUUCUAUACAUAGUUUAUUAAAAAUCCGUAGCUUUUAAUCUUAUUCUCGUGUUGAACGGUCUCGAUCACGUUCUACUUUCUUCUCAGUUUUGAGCAUUUCAUGGCGGUCGAAUAUUCGUUAUAUAUAUUAUAUGGUUUUAUUUUGGUAUUAGUCAUGUUUGUAAAGCUGUAAAAAACCCGUGCGUGUUCUUGGUCACAAAAAAAUAAAUAAAAAGAUUCUAUACGGUGCGUGUUUUGUUGUAACCACCGGCUGUAAAAAAAUAUAUAUUUUAUUUCGCUCCUAAAUGAAAGUA